AUGGAGACGCCCGGGCGUUUAGAGCGUCGGGACUCGCAGCAGACCUUCGUCUCGCUGCUGCAGCUUGACCCGUCGCCCAUGGACUCGCCUCGCGAGGACAAGGAGCUCCCGCCGCUGCCCCCCGAGGCACUCGAGAGCACCUCGAGCCCCGUCAAGGCCGGCGCAACCGCUGGAGCCCCGGGGUUAAGCGGUGGCCAUGGCGCCAUAUACUACCUAACGCGUGUGCAGCGAUAUUCAAGCUACGCCGUGUCCAUCUUCACCUCGCUCCAUCUCGCCAACGUCUCGCUCAUCCCACUUGCCACGCGCUCCGUCGCCGGCUCUGAAACGUACCUCCUCAUGACGCGCGAAAUCUACCAGACAGCCAUUGCCGAGCCGCUGCUGGUGGCCCUGCCCGUGGUGGCGCACAUCGGCUCGGGGCUGGCCCUGCGGCUGCUGCGGAGGUGGCAGAACAUGAGGCGGUACGGCGGAGGCACGCCCGGCAUGGGCGUCCGGCUGUGGCCCCCGAUGAGCUACAUCUCCAUUUCGGGCUACGCCUUUGCCCUCGUGUACUGUGCGCACGUCUUUGUAAACCGGGUCCUGCCUCUGGCCGUCGACGGCGACAGCUCCAACAUUGGUCUCGCCUACGUGGCCCACGGCUUCGCCCGGCAACCCGGCGUGUCUCUGGCUGCGUACUUGGGUUUGAUCGGCGCGGGGUGCGGCCACAUGGUCUGGGGCAUGGCCCGAUGGCUCGGACUCGCCCGCUCGACGCGCGGAUGGGCCGGCAGGAAGGGCGUGCUGGUGGACGGGCAGACGAGGAAGCAGCGGCGGCGACAGUGGAUGGGGGUCCACGGCGCAGCGCUAGCCUUGGCCGCUUUGUGGGCGGCGGGCGGGCUGGGAGUCGUGGCACGCGGUGGAGCGGCGCAGGGCUGGAUUGCAAAGAUGUACGACGAUCUGCUCGCGAGAGUACGAAUGUGA